CUGUAUAACAUCUCCAUGGAGCCUGCAGGGUUCCAGGCUGUGGUGCAGGCUGCUGAGGAACACCCAACACUGGAGGAGCUGAGGUACUCUGGGGAUGGAGUUCCUGAGGGAGCGGACACCACAGCCAGCUGUCUGGUGCUCGCCUGAGUUCCCAACAUGGCGACCUGCUCUGUACAUUUCCUCAGCUCAGGUGUGGCUGUCCCGACAGGUGCCCUCCAGUCUGGACCCCCUGUGUAAGUACACCAGCAGGUGUAAGGUGUGGGGGACGGCCUACGUGGACAGGGAGAAACUGGACAUCGACCUGCCGACAGCCGAGCAGUUCUACCAGAAACUCCUGCAGCUAGAAAACCACUUCAGGGAGAAGUACAGGGAGGUCAGGUCAAAGAUCAGGGGUAAAUGACAGCUGAACUAGGUCAGAGGUCAAGUUAGUCUUCUCAGGAGUGUAUUUGUUACCUUUGGUUGAACUGUGUCCUAUCAUGAAUGUAACAUUUUACAGAAGUAUGACACAAGAAAAGAGAUCAGAUGGGCAAAUACCCAGAACAAUUUAGGACAAGACUUUCAGUUCUGAACAUCCAUAACUUACUGUGGACCAAUUAGAUGAAUAAUGUUAAAUAAUUUCAAAAAACAAGUUUGUUGAGUAUUAAAUGAACAGUCUGAGAAUUAGCUUUGAUAUCCAUAAAUAGGUUUAAAUGAAUAUUUCACCUCAAGGCACUGGUGUUCACAAGAAUAACUGAAUUCUCUGUAAGAACUUAACACGGAAUUGUGAAAGACGUUCAUAGUAUGCCAAAAGUCAGUCCCCAAAGGAAUUUUAUUUUGUAUCCAGGCAAUACGGUAUGUUCCUCCACUGGAGUGCCACAAUAAUUCUUCUGUCACAUGAUGCUUUUUACAGAUCGUUCCACUUUCUUAACAUUACAGGAGUAUCAAUAAAUUGUAUGUAUUACUAAUUAAAUAAAACUUCAAGCCAAUCACAUAGUUUAGUGUCUUGUAAACUGUAACAAAAUGCACAUACCAUACUUAACUUUAACAACUUUUGUUUGUAUCACUUUAAGCUCAGUUUUAUUCACUAAGUAUACAAGUACCUACAUUCUAUAUAAGAUCACCCCCUAUUGUAAAAUACACUCUUCCAAGGCCAAAAUGGUGGUAGGCAGAAUGAAAGUCGAUUCCAAAAGUAGAAGGAAGUUUUCUGGGGACGUCCAUGAAGAAAGUUAGUACAGAUCCGGGCAAUUUUUAAAACAAAUUGUACUGUCUGUCUUCUGUAACUUUACUUAGCUAGUGCAUCAAUUUCAGAAGACACGGAAUUUAAGACCCCCCCCCAUCCGUAGGUGGU